CUUCUCUCUCUACAUGACACAAUCUCUCUCUUGUCUUUGUGCGUGUCAUUUCUAAUCCUCGAAGACGCACACUUUUACACCACUUCCAUGGCCAAACCCAAAGCACCAAGACGCACUCUAGACUCCUAUACAGUCAAGCAUAUCAACAAAACCAUUAAAGCUGGGGACUGCGUGUUGAUGCGACCGUCCGAUCCAGCCAAGCCAUCCUACGUGGCCAGGAUCGAGCGGAUCGAGUCGGACGGUCGGGGUGCUAAUGUCAGAGUACACGUUCGUUGGUAUUACAGGCCGGAGGAGUCGAUCGGUGGCCGCCGACAGUUUCACGGCUCUAAAGAAGUUUUUCUCUCUGAUCAUUACGAUAUACAGAGUGCGGACACGAUUGAAGGCAAGUGUAUGGUCCACAGUUUCAAGAGUUACACGAAGCUUGACGCCGUUGGAAACGAGGACUUCUUCUGUCGUUUUGAGUAUAAUUCUUCUACUGGUGCUUUCAAUCCCGACAGAGUCGCCGUUUAUUGCAAGUGUGAAAUGCCAUACAACCCAGAUGACUUGAUGGUUCAAUGUGAAGGCUGUAGUGACUGGUUUCAUCCUGCUUGUAUAGAAAUGACCGCAGAAGAAGCUAAAAGACUUGAUCACUUCUUCUGUGAGGGUUGUUCAUCUGAAGGUCAAAAAAAGCUACAGAAUUCCCAUGCUACUUCCAGACAACCAGAUACAAAGGUGGAAACAAAGAGGCGUCGAAGGUGAUAAAGUAAAUAAACAAACUAUGUUGAUAUAGAAUGAUAAUGCAGGAAUUGGAGUAUCAAUCUUUUUAACUUGGUUAGGCUUCAAGCAAACACGGAGGCGAAAUAUUUGCACAACAAGCUGUAGUACUUAUGUGUCAGAUGGCAGAGGGAAACUCGUUUGUUAUGUUUAUAUGGUUUGGGGUAAGUGACCUUGUUUUCCUUUGAAAGUCGAGGACGUGUUUGGCUGUUUAUAGUUGUGUUAUGUAGUUGUUUCAUACUCUGCUUUCUUGUUUAUAUAACUUAGGGUUUGUGUAUAAUGGUAACCACUUCAGCUUAUUCAAAGAAAAUAGAUACAAGAGUCUUCUUAUGCCUCUUCUUGUGUUAAUAUAAAAGGGGGAAAAAAGAAGAAACAAAUUAAAACAGUAACACAAACAUCUGUUUUCUUCCA